AUGUCGGAAGGAGAAACCCCGCUGGGUCAGGCCCUCCAACGUCUCGCUCACAUGCAGGAGACCGCCACAGCAUUACAGCGACAGCAGAGCGAGGCUCUGCUCGGGAUCACCUCGAGCCAGCGCGAGGACCGGGCUCUCCUCCGGGAGCUGCUGCAGCGUCCGGCCGCGCGGGAGUCCGAUCCCGCUACCAACCCGGCCCGACCGCCUUCAAUUGCCCUCCAGAAAUUGACGGCAGAGGAUGAUCCGGAGGCAUACCUGGACAUAUUUGAGGGCACAGCGGCGGCGUGCGGGUGGCCGGAGGAGGAGUGGGCAGCGCGGCUAUUGCCUCUGCUAUCUGGGAGUGCGCAGCUAGCCGCCCACAGCCUGCCAGCAGCCUCUCGGCAUGUGUACCGGCAUCUGAGGAAGGCCAUCCUGGACCGACUUGGAACUCAAACAAUAGCAGUUUUACUCCUCUGCAGCCUCAGCUGGAUCUGUGUCUCUUCUGAGUCUCAGACGGUGGAUGUUUCGCCUGGUGAAGAGGUCAGUCUCCUGUGCUCAAACUUUUCCAGUGCUGUAACUCAGAUCAUGUGGUUCAGAGUAGUCAAAACAUCCGAGCCCCGCUGUGUCUCCCAUAUGUUCGAGCCCCUCGAACCUGCCUCAUUCUGUGAAGGAUUUAAAAAAGAAAAAUUUGAAAUGACAUCCAAUCUCUCAACUAUUUCUCUCAAAAUCAAACAAGUGAAUUUGUCUGACUCUGGACUGUAUUUCUGUGGAUAUAAAAUAAACUCACAGCCGCUUAUUAUUGAAGCAACAUAUUUAGAUGUGCAAGAAGAUGGGAGUACAAAGCUGCUGAGUUACAUCCUGUGCAGUCUGAUCAUGUUCCUCAUUGUGAUCGUCAUUUGUAUGGCUGUUAAAAUUAACAAACUUCAGAAAGCUAAUGUUGAAGAACAGAAUCCCCAACCCACAGAGGUUCAGGGCUCAGAUGAUCUGAUCAAUGCAGCGGUGACGUUUCGUCUGGCUGAAUGAAACCAGCGGUCUGCAGCUCAGAGAGAAGUGGAGCCAAAUGCUAUUUAUUCAGCCACCAGAUAAACUCAGGAAACACCUGGAUCUGUUGCUAUGGGUGCUAGUUUGUCCCCUGUACAGCAGAAACUAACAGACAAAAUCCACUAGAUGGCUUCGUAUUAGAGACUUAAAAAGCAAUAAUAAAGCAGACAAGAUGAAGUUCCAAAUAAACAGCUUGGUUUCAUUUCCUAUGACAACAGUAUUACUAUCCAUGGGAACCAUCUUUAUUUCAAUCAGGAGAGACUUCAUUUUGUACAAGAACAUUUAUU